AUGGCGGAUAUGGAUGUACUUGAUGCCUCAGUAUUUUUGUACUUAGGAGACCUCAUAGAAGAAGAUUUAUUUUAUAUGCUUGUAAAGGAAUGCGAAGAAACAGCGCCUGUAUUUCCUUAUUGGAAAUAUGAUCGAUUUUCGCUUGAAUCUAUGCUUGAGGACGAAUGUUUAUCAGAAUUUCGAGUUUCGAAGAUGGACAUUCCAUGA